AUGCUCUGCGCCGCGCUCCCGCUCGCCGCGGCCAUCGUGCGAGGUCCGCCCAUCCUCCGUUAUGGCUCCGCCGCCAUCGACUCGCGGGGCGCUCCGUCCCUGAUCGCGCCGUCGGCUGUCGCCUCGGCUCUCGAGGGCACCGACUCGGCGCUCGACAGCAUGGACCUGGCCGCGCUCGCUCUCGACGGCAGCUUCCGCCCCACGCGCGGGCCGGACGGCCGCCUCGAGCCGGUCCUCACGCUGCCCGGCGAUUCGCUCGAGACGACGCCUCCGAUGGGCGCGGUCACCGUCUCCAGCACUGUGGCGACGAUCGGCGUGGCGCUCGCCUUUGUGCGCAGCGGCAGCCCGCUGCCGCCGCUGCUCGGCGUGGCGGCCGGCGCGCUGCUCGGCGAGCUCUUCAGCGGCGCGUUCCACUGGGCCACCGAUAACUACCGCCGCCUCGAGACGCCCGUCGUCGGCUUCGCGUGCGCCGCGUUCCAGGGCCACCACCUCGCCCCUUGGACCAUCUCGCACCGCUCCGUGUUCAACAAUGUCUACAAGAUCGCGGGCGCGACUCUCCCGCUCCUCGGCCUCGGGCUCGCGCUGCUGCCGCCGAGCGGCGCGGCCUGCGCCGCCGUCAUGUUCUACCUGCAGCUGGUCGCACAAGAGUUCCACCGCUGGCGUGCUGCGGCACGCUCGAAGCCGCCCAGGUCCCACACGCCCCCCUCGCAGCUUCCCGAGUGGAAGCGGCGGCUGCAGCGCGCUGGAGUCGCGCUUCCGGUGCCGGAGCACAUCGCGCACCACAAGCCGCCCUUCGACAAGCACUAUUGCAUCCUCACCGGCCGGCUGAACCGGGUCCUCGACUCCGAGCCCGAGGGCGACUUCCUCGCCGACCUCGUCCAGGUGCUGAGCAUGCGAAAGUUUGUUGCUCAGCUGUCCGGCACAGGGACAGUCCGCCAGUCCACGUUUGCGUCUAUGUUUGAUGAUGAGGAUAGCUGCAACGAUGCAAAGGAUGAGGAGGAGGCAGACUGCUAG